AUGUCGAAGAAACGCAAAGCCCCGGAGGGUGGCGGAGCCCGGCUCCCCCCCGAGGACCCCAGAGCCUGCUUUGGGGCCGGCGAGGAGCAAGGUUUAACGGAUGAAAAAGUGAAGGCCUAUCUUUCUCUUCACCCCCAGGUACUGGAUGAGUUUGUGUCAGAAAGCGUAAGUGCGGAAACUGUGGAAAAAUGGCUAAAAAGGAAAAAUAACAGACAGGAAGAUGAAACGACGCCUAAAGAAGUCAGCAGGUACCAGGAUACGAAUAUGCAAGGUGUAGUGUACGAAUUGAACAGCUACAUAGAACAGCGCCUGGAUACAGGAGGAGAUAACCAACUACUUCUGUAUGAACUGAGCAGCAUCAUUAAAAUAGCUACAAAAGCUGAUGGAUUUGCACUAUAUUUCCUGGGAGAAUGCAAUAAUAGUCUGUGUGUAUUUACACCACCAGGAGCUAAAGAAGGACAACCACGGCUCAUUCCUGCAGGGCCCAUUGCUCAUGGCACUACAGUAUCUGCUUAUGUAGCCAGAUCCAGAAAAACAUUGUUAGUGGAAGAUAUUCUGGGGGAUGAGCGAUUUCCCAAAGGUACUGGACUGGAAUCAGGGACUCGUAUCCAAUCUGUUCUGUGUUUGCCAAUUGUCACUGCAAUUGGUGACCUGAUUGGUAUCCUGGAGCUUUACCGUCACUGGGGCAAAGAAGCCUUUCACCUUAGUCACCAAGAGGUUGCAACAGCAAAUCUUGCAUGGGCUUCAGUAGCAAUACAUCAAGUACAAGUGUGCCGGGGCCUUGCCAAGCAGACUGAACUGAACGACUUCUUGCUUGAUGUAUCGAAAACGUAUUUUGAUAAUAUAGUUGCAAUAGAUUCUCUACUUGAACAUAUAAUGAUAUAUGCAAAAAACCUGGUGAAUGCAGAUAGGUGUGCACUCUUCCAGGUUGACCACAAAAAUAAGGAGCUGUAUUCAGACCUUUUUGAUAUUGGAGAAGAAAAUGAUGGGAAACCUGUCUUCAAGAAGACCAAAGAAAUAAGAUUUUCUAUAGAAAAAGGAAUAGCUGGUCAAGUGGCAAGAACAGGAGAGGUCCUUAACAUCCCUGAUGCCUAUGCAGAUCCACGCUUUAACAGAGAAGUAGACCUCUACACAGGCUACACAACCAGAAAUAUCCUGUGCAUGCCUAUUGUAAGCCGAGGAAGCGUAAUAGGUGUUGUGCAGAUGGUGAACAAAAUAAGUGGAAGUGCCUUCUCUAAAACUGAUGAGAACAACUUUAAAAUGUUUGCAGUCUUUUGUGCUUUAGCCUUACACUGUGCUAAUAUGUACCACAGAAUUCGCCAUUCAGAGUGUAUUUACCGUGUAACGAUGGAGAAGCUAUCCUACCACAGUGUUUGUACAGCAGAAGAGUGGCAAAACCUCAUGCACUGUACACUGCCUCCACAUAUUUAUAAAGAAAUUGAACUAUACCACUUUGAUAUCAGUCCGUAUGAGGAUGUCUGGCCUGCCAUUUUUGUCUACAUGGUUCACCAGUCCUGUGGGACAGCCUGCUUUGAACUUGAAAAGCUAUGCCGAUUUACUAUGUCUGUAAAGAAGAAUUAUCGCCGUGUGCCCUACCACAACUGGAAGCAUGCAGUUACCGUUGCACAUUGCAUGUAUGCCAUACUUCAGAACAACCAGGGGCUUUUCACUGAUCUAGAGCGAAAAGGUCUUUUAGUUGCAUGCCUGUGUCAUGACCUGGAUCACAGAGGUUACAGCAACAGCUAUCUUCAGAAAUUUGAUCACCCCUUAGCUGCUCUCUAUUCCACGUCAACAAUGGAACAGCAUCACUUCUCGCAGACUGUGUCCAUCCUGCAGCUGGAAGGGCACAAUGUCUUCUCCAAUCUGAGCUCCAGCGAAUAUGAGCAAGUACUUGAGAUCAUCCGGAAAGCCAUCAUCGCCACAGACCUUGCCCUGUAUUUUGGAAACAGAAAACAGCUUGAAGAGCUGCAUCAGACCGGAGCAUUAAACCUUAAGAACCAAGCACACAGAGAUAGAGUGAUUGGUCUGAUGAUGACGGCUUGUGAUUUGUGUUCUGUAACAAAGUUGUGGCCAGUUACCAGACUGACGGCCAACGAUAUAUAUGCGGAGUUCUGGGCUGAGGGUGAUGAAAUGAAGAAAACGGGUAUUCAACCUAUUCCAAUGAUGGACAGAGACAAGAAAGAUGAAGUCCCUCAGGGUCAGAUUGGGUUCUACAAUGCUGUAGCCAUCCCAUGUUACACCACGCUUGCACAGAUCUUUCCUCCGACUGGGCCGCUACUCCGAGCAUGCAGGGACAAUCUCAACCAAUGGGAGAAAGUAACAAGAGGUGAGGAAGCCUCUAUAUGGAUUCCCUCGCAGUCCCUUGCUCCUGGGACCUCAGAUUCGCUUCCUGUGAAGAUCGAUGACUGAACAGCAGCAACGGAUUGCUUCAACCUGAAAAGCAUCCCUUCUUGUUUUGGGGGCUGUUUUUUGUUUUGUUUCAUUUUUAUUUGGGGGCUUGAGGGAAGGAAGAAGAAAAGCUACAAAAUGCUAACUAAGAAGCCAAUCUGCCUAGGAAGGUAACGCCCAUGGAGUUACCUCGGCUAAAUGACUCUGGCAGCCAACCUCCUGACCUCCACCAGUGACACGACAUGAACAGAGGGAAAACGACAACCCAGAUGUUUUGGAGUCAGCUGUCAAAAGAGAACUUACGACUUGUGAAUAUAAAAGACUUAUCUCAUGGGCUACAUUGCUGAGGCCUUAAUUUAAAACUGACGGGGCGGGUGGGGGAAAAUCUUAGGGGGUACUUCUAAAUUGUAUCUUUCUAGUAAGGGUUUCAAUGGUACUUUUAUUAUACCGUACUGUGGCUGGCUUUAACACCAGUGUCACUUGGGAGUUCUUGGCUAUAAAUAGAACAAUAUACCCAUUGCUAUUGUGAAUGUUUAUGUGUGAUCUACUUGUAAUCAGUUUGAACUCCAGCAGAAUCCUUGGAGACUAUAAUUCAUGCUUAGGUUACAGUGAAUUCUCUUGCUGCAAACUAAAGGAAAACAAACAUUCAGGUUAAAGUUUUGAAGUACUUCAUUAAGCAUCAUGAUGCAAAUAGUCUGUCACUCACAAGGCAAGGCAAACGUUGAAAGAACUAGUGACGGUGCUUUGUUCUUCAGAAUGAUUUAUAAACCUAGACAACUCCUCCCUCAAAACACUGGAAGUACUGGAUAUUUAUCUCCAAUAUGAAAGAGAGUUUCAGGUUGGAGUUUUUGUAUCCAUAGUGACAGAAGUAUCAGAUUAAAAUUUAAAGGUGACAGCAAAGAUUUCCUUGCCUAGGUCACAAUUAAGUAAAGUCAUCAUUUUUAUUUCUGCCUGCUGAGUUGUAUUUUAAAAAGUAUUAGAGACAUACCUGAAGUAUGCUAUCUGCUGGGAACAAAAGCCUUGUCAGAAAAAUCAGGUCUGAUAAGAGGUAUUGUGGUACCAUCACAAUAAAUCAAAAAUGGUUUUGUAUUGACUAGCUUUUGUGUUGCACAGUAACACCGCAUGUCUUCUACUGCUCUUUUCCCCCAUCCCAAGAUGAGUGAAAUUAGGAAACUUCUCCAUGUGUCUGUUUGCUUUUUUUCCCUCUAGUUCAGCAAAAUUCCCAGGCUUAGAACUGCCUAUCUUAGUGAAAGAAUAGCUGACUGAAGAAAAGUACUCUAAAAUAGUGUGUUUACAGUUCUGUGCUGACUUAGGCUUCAGCCUUACAAACUUAUGCACAGACUUUAAGACCUUACAUUUAAUGCCACUCUUUUAAAUUGAGUGCAAUUGUACAGAGUAUGUUUCAACAACGCUUAAUUUGCCUUCAUCUUUCUCUUAAAAAUAAUGAGGACAAAAUCUUCAUGUUGAUCCAC